AUGGCCAACGUCAACGUUCCUACCGACAUCAAACAGAAGGAGAAGGAUGUGAACACGAAGCUCCAGCUUUAUGGCAUCUACUCCGCCUUUGCCAACGGCAAGGUUCCCUCGAAUCAACAGAUCGAUGUCGCCCUGAACAGUGCUCUUGCCUCCAAACCUCUAUCCAGUCCCUCCGGCAAGCUCUCGGAUGAAGGAAAGCACCUGGUCGCCGAUCUGAAGGAAGUCAUCAAGCAAGCCAAGCACCUCCUAUUGUCCAAGAACCAGGGCAAUUUGCUCCAGGAAUUCAUCUGGGAUUGCCAGCACCUCGAGGGUGGCAAUGCCCAACUCCCAGGUGCGCCAACCGACAAGGCGACAGCUCAGCAGCACGGCAACGAAGCUCUUGAGGGUCUCAAGACUCUCGGCACUUUGAUCCUCUCUAACGGCCAGUUCCGUAAGCUACUUGAUGAUGGUCUGACCCUCAUCCGCGACAUGGCCGGCGAUGCUGCUACCAACACCGCCAACAAAGUCCGUCCCUCCGAGGACAAGCUGGCUCAGAUCGACCAGCCCGCUGAUGACAACACCUGGCAUGACGUGCCCGAUCUUUCCAAGGAGGGCAUUAAGUCGUCGGCCAAGGAUACUUACAACCGUAACAAGCCUUUCGACCAGCAAGACGCCAAGAACGCCGCUGCUCAGGGAGUUGACACUGCGCAGCAACAGCCUACUUUCGACAACCAGCAGGCGGCACAGACCGGUGCCUCUGCCGCUGCCGAUCAGCUGAAGGCUCAGGCUAAGCAGAACGUUCCCGAGGAGACCCAACAGGAUAUCCGCAAUGCCCGCUCCGCUGCUGCGCAGAGCACUCGCAACUACCUGAACAAGAAGAUGCCCACCGAGCGCCGCGAGCAGAGCAUUUGGAGACUCAAGAAGAUGAUGGUCGAGAUUCAAGGUCACUCUGACUAUCAACAAGCUAUCACUACCCUGCUUAAUCUUGCAGAGACCUAUGGCGGUCAUGCCAACACCCUCUCCAACCAGGGUGCUGGCACUGUGAAAGGUGCCCAUGAUGAUGAUUCUCUUCGUACUGCUGAAGCUAACCUCAAGACACUCAUUGAACGCUUCGCCAACUCCACCUCGACCGACGAUUUCUUCGAUGCCCUCAACCAGAUCUAUCGUGAUGCUGACAACGAUCCCGAGCUACGCGGUUUCUUCAAGGACGCUGACAAGUUCAUCCGCAAGUGUCUGCAAGAGCAAGGUUUCGUCCUGCAGGACCAGGCCAACACCGAGUGGAACCAGUUAUACGACCGUGGCCAGUUCCUCCUCCGUGAGCGUUACCGAAGCCAUACCGAUCGCCUUCUUGAUGAGGUCAAGUUCAUUGGCAACCAAUUUGAUGAAGACCCACAGAAUAGAGCCUUCGGCGAUGCUGUCCAAAAGCUGUUCCUUGAUCUCGGCAAUGACGAGAACGGCAAGCCCAAAUUCAAGAAGCACUUGAUCAAGGAUCUCACGGAGAUCAUCAUUCCAGGCAUUUUCGAGAACACUCGAUACGUUCCUAUCCCUCGUAUCGAAGUGUCUGACCCAAUGGUUGAUGUUGUUGUCGAGAACUUGGUCAUUGAGAGCAAUAACUUGUUCCCUAACGUCAUGGAAUUCGGCAGUGACAACUACUUCCGCCUUGGUCGUCGCCAAGUCAGCAACAAGCAUGACAACAAGGUGAUGAUCUCGGCCUCUGGCAUCCAGUGCGAUCUUCGCGACGUUGCCUACUACAUCAAGAAGAAGCAAGGUUUCCCUUCCAUUACCGACAAGGGUGUCAUGGACAUUAUUCUCGGGGGCGAGGGUUUUAGCUUUAAGAUUGCUGCUCGCAACGCCCACAAGAAGGACCGCACCAAGUUUGUCGUUGUCGACAAGGUCGAUGUCCAGGUCAAGAACCUCCAGAUCAAGAUCAAGCAGAGCAACCACAAGCUCCUCUUCGGUAUUGCUAAGCCUCUACUGUUGAAGGUCAUGCGUCCAGCGAUCCAGAAGGUCAUCGAGAAGCAGAUUCGUGAUGCUUUCGAGCAAGGUGAUGCUUACGCUUGGUCCAUUCAUCAAGAGGCCCAGAAGGGUAUUAAGGCCGCUCAGAACGACCCCGAGAAUGCUCCUGCCAUCUAUUCCCACUACGUCAAUGCUAUCAAGUCCCGCGCCACUGCCAAGAAGGAGAAGGCCGAGCAGAUGGCCAAGAAUACCCAGGUCAACAUGGCUGUGACUAAGGACGAUAGUAUCUUCAAGAACAUUUCGUUGCCUGGCGGUAUCAGUACUAAAGCUACUGAGUACCAGCAGCUGGCUGCCAAGGGUGACAAGUGGGAAUCACCUGUCUUCUCCAUCGGAUCUGCCAAGGAGUCGAGCGAUAUCCCCAAGCUUGCGCAGGUGACACGGAAGCCACACACCACAGCCCAAUCUGGUCUCCGUGGCGGCAACACGGGUGCCAACACUGGUGCCUACGGUAGCAACACCGGUGCUUACGGCGGCAAUGCUGGCGCUGGACUGAGCAACCAGAUGGAUCGGGCUUUCGAGACCAACAACCCUGUCGGUGCGACUAGAGGCUUGCCCGUUGGUGGUGUCAGUAAUGGUGGCGCCCACCCUACGGGCACUACCGGAACAUACUACGAUGGUGUUACUAAGUAG